CCGUGCGCGCUCUGCUCUGCCGGUCUGCCCUGUCCUACGUCCGCGCCUCGAUCCUUAUUACCUGCCCGCGGACUCUAUAUAUAAGCCUUGUGGCGAGAGCGAGACACGCAUAUCCUCCAUCUCACUACCAUCUUCGAUCCAUCUCUUGCCUGCUACUAGCCUUCUCUUCACCUCACUCACCAGCUCUUCGAAACAUAUAUUUUUUCUUCAAAAAAAAAAAGAGCCUGAGCCGGCCGGUGCGAGGCUUAAGCAAUGUCGAGCGCUUUUAGCUCGAGGGCACGCGUGCUGCUGGCGCUGCUUCUGGGGCUCUACGCCGCCUGCGCGGCGGCGGCGGCCAGGGUCGACGACGGCCUGGAGCUGACGUGGGGCGACGGCCGCGGGAGCGUGUCGCCCGACGGCCAGGUCCUGACGCUGUCGCUCGACCACACCUCCGGCUCCGGGUUCCGCUCCAAGGACACCUUCCUCUUCGCGCGCGCCGACGUGCAGAUCAAGCUCGUCCCCAACAACUCCGCCGGCACGGUCACCACCUUCUACUUCGUCUCGGAGGGCCCGUGGGAUGUGCACGACGAGGUCGACCUCGAGUUCCUGGGCAACGUGAGCGGCCAGCCGUACACGCUGCACACCAACGUGUACGCCGGCGGCAGCGGCAGCCGGGAGCAGCAGUUCCACCUCUGGUUCGACCCCACCGCCGACUUCCACACCUACUCCAUCGAGUGGACGCAGCAGCACAUCCUCGUGCUGGUGGACGGGACGCCGGUCCGGGAGUUCAAGAACCACGCGGACUGGGGCGUGCCGUACCCGUCGUCGCAGGGGAUGCGCCUGUACGGCUCGCUGUGGAACGCCGAGGACUGGGCCACGCAGGGCGGCCGCGUCAAGACGGACUGGUCGCAGGCCCCCUUCGUGGCGCAGUACCGCAACUUCACGGCGGCGGCCGGCGGUGGGUACGGGCUGCAGAUGGACGCGGCGGCGCAGCAGGCGAUGAAGUGGGCGCGAGACAACUACAUGGUGUACGACUACUGCGCCGACGCCAAGCGCUUCCCGCUGGGCGUCCCUCCCGAGUGCUCCAUGCCGUAGCCGUGUAGGCAGCGUAGAGAUGGGCUAACACCACGAUGCACUUUGAUUGCGAUGUCGACGAUCAGAGCACACUAUACGACAGGGCUAUAUAUACACGCAUAGAUUAUGUGUAGUCCCACAUUCAUUGUUUAUACUAAUCGAUUCUUUGGUGUGAAAUAACAUUGUAGUAGGAGAUGAUUCAUUUGGUUGGUUGCAAGAGAAUCGUUGAAAGCAAUCGAUUAUGCUUA